AUGGGUAAAUGCGUAGUGAAAGAAUGCGAUUCAAGGUCACAAAAACAUAAUAAAUCAAGCGGAAUCACUUUCCACACGGUACCUAAAGAUACAGUACGCCGUAAGAAGUGGGUGGAAAUAAUACGAUUGCUGAGAAAGGAGACUGACUGGGUGCCUUCUAAAUCUACUCUCAUUUGUUCUAAGCACUUCCGGGAUCAAGAUAAACUAGGACCAAAAAGCGAUUGCGGCCGUGUUUAUUUGUCUAACGAAGCAAUUCCAAUCCUUGAUGAACCUCAUCUUGAAAAGCCGGCGGAACUUUUAGUAGAAGAAAAUAUGGAUGUUGAUGUUGUGGAAACCGAUGAAGAGAUAGAUGAAAUAACUGAAACACCGCGAAUGCACAAAAUGAGAAAAACAAUUCACCGUUUGAAAAUAUUAUCCGCACGAAGAUUAAAAAAAAUAAAAAAUAUAUCACAGAAACUGAAAAGACUAAAAAUAAAAAAUAAAAAAUUAAAAGAUGUUAUCGAAGAACUGAAAAAAAAGUAUGUUGAGCGAAGAAGAAGAAAUGUAGCUAAAUUUGAAUGA